GAAAGGAGGCCCAGACCGCCCUUCCGCCGCGCCGGCCGGGAAGUGCGCGUGCGCGGCGACGGGACGUGGCGUGAACUUCCGGCCGCCGAGCUCGCGGUGCAGGGCUGUCCGGAGCUUGGAGGCGCGGAGGAGUGGCCGCGGCGGUUCCCGCCCAGGUAGUCGUGUCCCCCGCCCAGCUCCUGCCCGAGCCCACGUGGGCUUUUGGCUCGAGGACCCGCGUCGGGACCCAGGUCCGCGCCAUGUCUGAGCUCGGGAGCCCAGAGCGGACGCCGGACGCGCAGACCCCGGACACGCGGGACGACGACGCCGGCGACGGGAUCCAGGCCUCGCAGCGCAUGCUCAGCUUCAGCGACGCGCUGCUGUCCAUCAUCGCCACCGUCAUGGUCCUGCCCGUGAUGCACACCAAGAUCUACCCGGAGCAGCACUUUGACAGAAGCAUGCAGAAACUUCUAGCAACUAAAAUCGCGGUGUACCUGAUGUCGUUCCUCAUCGUGACGGUGGCAUGGGCAGCGCACAUACGGUUGUUCCAGGUCGUUGGGAAAAUAGAUGAUACACUUGCCUUGCUCAACUUGGUCUGCAUGAUGACCAUCACCUUCCUGCCGUACACAUUUUCCUUAAUGGUGACCUUCCCUGCUGAGCCUCUGGGCAUCUUCCUGUUCUGUGUGUGUGUGAUCGCCAUCGGGGCCGUGCAGGCAUCCAGCACUCCAGGGAGCAUCUCAAGGUGCUGGGUCCCCCACCCUGUCACCUAUCACACAAGUGUGUCAGCAAGACGGAGGCAGCAGGCGGUGGUUGUGGGCUACGCGUUCCACUACCCGCACCUCCUGAACCGGCAGAUCGCGUGCUCCGUGCACAGGGUCACCCUCCAGCGGCACAUCCUGGGCAUACUGCUUCGGGGCCCUGCACUGUGCUUUGCUGCUGCCAUCUUCUCCCUGUUUUUCUUCCCCAUGUCGUACCUGCUGCUGGUGCUGGUCAUCGUCCUCCCCUACGUCAGCAAGGCUGCCCGCUGGUGCCAGGAGCAUGUCAGGGGCCCAGGGGAGCCGCCCACCCAAACCCUGCAGUUCUUCCCUUUUGACCUCCACGAGCCCCUCAGCAAGGAGCGGGUGGAGGCCUUCAGCGACGGCGUCUACGCCAUCGUGGCCACCCUCCUCAUUCUGGACAUCUGCGAGGACAACGUCCCGGACCCCGCGGAGGUGGAGGGCGCCUUCCACGGCAGCCUCGUCGCGGCCCUCGGCGCAUCCCGGCCGCGCUUCCUGGCCUACUUCGGGUCCUUCGCCACGGUGGGCCUGCUCUGGUUCGCCCACCACUCGCUCUUCCUGCACGUGCGCAAGGCCACGCAGCCCAUGGGCCUGCUCAACACGCUGGCGCUGGCCUUCGUGGGCGGCCUGCCGCUGGCCUACCGGCAGACCUCGGCCCUGGCGCGGCGGCCGCGCGAGGAGCUCGAGAGCAUCCGCGUCAGCUGCGUCAUCAUCUUCUUCGCCGGCACCUUCCAGUUUGCCACCUGGACGGCCGCCCUGCUGCGCCAGAGGGAGACGCUGCACCCGACGGUGUGGUACGGCGGCCGCGAGCACGCGCUCAUGUUCGCCAAGCUCGGCCUCUACCCCUGCGCCAGCCUCCUGGCCUUCGCCUCCACCUGCUUCUUGAGCAGGUUCAGCACCGCGAUCUUCCACCUCAUGCAGAUCGGCGCGCCCCUGGCCUUCCUGCUGCUGCGCCUGCUGCUGCGCCUGGCGCUGGCUGCCCUGCGGGGCCUGCGGGGCCUGGCGUGGCCUGCGGACCCCCAGCCCAGUGGCCGGGGGCAGGACGGGGACGGAGAUAGGGCCGACCUGCAGGCCCAGCUGCUGCCUGACUCCUGAUCCUGACUGCCUCACCAGGCUGCCCGCACAGCCACAGCCGCAGGGAGCCCUGUCCCCUCACAGGAGUCUGCUCCUUGGCCUGAGGUUGACUUGGGGACAGCGGGGUGGGGAGCUUGUCCUCAGAGUGCUCCCACCCUCCACAGGGACCACAGUUUCACAGAAACCUCACUUUGGCUUGUUUGCAUUUUGUGUCAAUCUGCUUCCUUAAAGGCCCAAAUAAGCUGCCAACAAUGUA